AUGGCGGCGCUGCGGGCGCUGGUAGCGGUCGCGCUGGCCGCCGCCCUGGCCGGGGCAGGACCCGCUGCCGCCGCCGCCCCGCCGCCCCCCCGCAAUGUCUCCGUGCUGCUGGAGCCCGGCUCGGGGCGGCUCCGCGUCCUGCCCGGCCGCCGCCCCGCCGCCGUCGCCUGGGCCAGCCUCGACGACCGCAUCUCCGCCGUCGGCUGGGCUUUCCUGGAGGUGACCACCAAUGCCUCGUACAGCGACAGCCUGCAGGCCUACGCCGCCGGGCUCGCCGAGGCCGCCGUCUCCGAGCAGCUGAUGUACAUGCACUGGAUGAACACCAUGGUGGGCUACUGCGGCCCCUUCAAGUAUGAGAGCGAGUACUGCGAGAAGCUGCGGAGCUACCUCGAGGCCAACCUGGGCUGGAUGGAGGAGAAGAUGGGGAAAGGGGAGGACCCCGAGUACUGGCACCAGGUGCGCCUGGCCCUGCUGCAGCUGAAGGGGUUGGAGGACAGCUACAACGGGCGCCUGGACUUCCCCCAGGGCAGGUUCACCCUGGCGCCCUUCGGCUUCCUCCUGCUGCAGUUGGGGGGUGACCUGGAGGACCUGGAGUCUGCCCUGAACCGCUCCUCCCCACGGCGCGUCCUGGGCUCGGGCUCCUGCUCUGCCCUCCUCAAGCUGCUGCCGGGCCAUCAGGAUCUCCUGGUCGCCCACGACACCUGGACCUCCUACCAGUCCAUGCUGCGCAUCAUCAAGAAGUACACGCUGCCCUUCCGUGUCUCGGCCAGCGGCAAUUCUCAGAUCCCCGGGAGCAUCCAGGUGUUUUCCUCCUACCCUGGCACCAUCUUCUCCGGGGAUGACUUCUACAUCCUCAGCAGCGGGUUGGUGAGUGGGGUCUGGUCCUCGGGGACCCCCCCCGUUCUGCUGCCCUCCCUAUUGCUUCCCUCCCCGCAGGUAGCACUGGAAACCACCAUCGGGAACAACAACCCGGCACGGUGGAAGUACCUGGACCCACGGGGCAGCGUCCUGGAGUGGCUGAGGAACAUCGUGGCCAACCGCCUGGCCCGCAGCGGUCCCGAGUGGGCCGCCGUCUUCCGACGGUUCAACAGCGGCACGUACAACAACCAGUGGAUGGUGGUGGACUAUAACGCCUUCACGCCGGGGAAAGUGAGCCCGCCGCAGGGCGUGCUGACCGUGCUGGAGCAGAUCCCGGGCCUGGUGGUGGCGGCUGAUCAGACGGAGCUGCUGUACCAGCAGGGCUACUGGGCCAGCUACAACCUGCCGUACUUUGAGGAGAUCUUCAAUGCCAGCGGGAACCGGGAGCUGGUGAAGAAAUACGGCGACUGGUUCACCUACGACAAGAACCCGCGCGCCCAGAUCUUCCGCCGGAACCAGACGCUGGUCCGCGACGUGGACUCCAUGGUCCGCCUGAUGAGGUCCAACAACUACCUGCGGGACCCGCUGUCGCGGUGCGAGGGCUGUGACCCCCCCCAGAACGCCGAGAACGCCAUCUCCGCCCGCUCCGACCUCAACCCCCGCAACGGCACCUACCCCUUCCCUGCCCUGCGCCAGCGCUGCCACGGCGGCACCGACAUGAAGGUCACCUCCUUGGGCAUGGCCCCCACCUUCGGGCUGGUGGCCGCCAGCGGUCCCGCCUGGGAUGACGUGCCCCCCUUCCGCUGGAGCACGUCACCCUGCAGCACCCUGCUGCAUAUGGGCCACCCCGACCUCUGGACCUUCCCCCCCAUCAAGGUCCACUGGGACUGAGCGGGUGCCGCCGGGCUGAACCCGUCUGUCCGUCCAUCCGCAGGCAUCUGUCCUGCGUGGGGAUCCCUUACGGGGGGGGCAGCUGGGUGGUGGGGGGUCGCAGCGCUACCCACUCUCCCCUAUCCCCAGGGGACUGGCUUUGGGUGCAAGGGGGGGGUCCCCUGCGCCCCCGGCUCUUUCUGCUUCUGCCUCUCGCUGCUGCAUCCCCGCGGUGCCGGCUAUGCUGUGCAAGGCGCCGUGUCCCCUCCCCGCCGAGGGGAUCUGGCCCCGGGUCCGUUUCCCUGGGUACUGACACCUGGUUUGGGGGGCUCUUCCCAGAAAAGGGGAGGUCCUGGGAGGCUGGGGCUCGCCCGCAGGGCAGAGAGGAGGGGAGUGAGCUGGUUUGGCUGUGACAAAUAAAGCGGUCUGCGUGCAGCAG